CAUCCCUCCUUCCUCCCUUGUGCAUGCGCCUCCUUGUUUCCUCUCGCACCCACCCCCACACCCCCUCGUCUGUCUGUCCAAUCCUGCACAACGUUUCACAACAUAGAUAACUUAUCUCUCUUUGCAUCUCUCCACAUUCCAUCUGUGCCCAAACCCAAAACAAAAAAUGUCACAUCUCGACAACCGCUUGGACGGCCUCCUCGAAUUGCGCAAGGCAAAGGGCCGCUUCCGAAAGCUUAGAGAAUACGACACGAGUCGCGGCUCUGGCCUCACAGACUUUUCAUCCAAUGACUACCUCUCGUUGACGACCAGCGAAGAGCUCCGCGCCGACUAUCUGAAACGCUUGAACGACACCGACGUUAUUCUCGGCUCGACAGGCUCACGUCUGCUCAGUGGCUGCACGCCGGCUCACUCGCACCUCGAGAACCGGCUGUGUGAGCACUUCGGAGCGCCGGCGGCGCUGCUGUUCAACUCGGGAUGGGACGCAAACGUCUCCUUCUUCGGCUUUGUGCCCCAGCCCGGUGAUUGGGUCGUGUUCGACGAGCUCGUUCACGCGAGCGUGCACUCGGGCAUGCGGGGGUCGAGGGUGCCCACAUCGCGGCGGCUACAGUUUGCCCACAACGACCCGGAAUCCCUCGCAGCCGUGUUGCGCAAGAUUGCGGCCCAGCCGAGCUCGUCGGCCGCCCCGCCUACCAUCUUCCUCGCACUGGAAGCGCUGUACUCGAUGGACGGGGACUUUGCACCCAUUCCCACCCUCCUCGACGUCUUUGAUCAACAUGUCUCCCGCGAACAGCAGUGUGUCAUUGUCGACGAAGCACACACGACCGGCGUGUACGGCAGCCAGGGCCGGGGCAUCGUCCACCAGCUCAAGGAGGGCGCUGGGCGGGACGAUGGGCGGGUCACUGUCCGUCUCAUGACCUUUGGCAAGGGUGUUGGGUGUUCCGGCUCCGUCCUCCUCGCCUCGGAGACGGUCAGGAGCUUCCUCAUCAACUUUGCCAGGCCGUUCAUCUUCUCGACGGCAUUGCCAGUGUCGACGGUACUUGCCCUCGAGUCGGCAUGGGACUUGUUGUCAAGUGACGCUGGGAAGAGGAAACGCGACGACCUCGCCUCCAUCGUUUCCUAUUUCCAGGAGCUACUCGCGCCGGUGCUCGAACGAACGCCACCAGAGCUACUCCGCCUUCCCGACCCAACACCCACGCCGUUCCCAGCAGCCCCAGCGGGACUAGGCUCGCAUCCGCACUCGCCUAUCCACGGCCUCCUCUCACCCACGCCCCACGCACUGUCUGCCUUCCUCCUCAACCGCGGUUUCAUCGUGCGACCCGUGGUGCCGCCUACCGUGCCGCCGGGUGGUGAGCGCGUCCGCGUCUGCCUCCGUGCCGGUCACUCGCGCGAGGAAAUCAAGGCGCUUGUCUCGGCUGUGGCCGAGUGGGUUGACUCUGGCGCUGCCGAGGCAGAGGCCGCAAAAGCUGGCCGGCCAUUGCGGGCCAGGCUGUAG